AUGGCAAUCGACAUGGAGUCGAGGGAGCAGACCAUAUUGGAGUUGAGGGUAGAAUUGGAGAUGGUUCGACAGGAGCUGUCAAAAAAAGACGAUGAUAAGAAGACCAUUAAAAGAUUGAUGAUGACCAUCGAAGCCCAGCAGUGGACAAUUAAAGACCUAACAGUUAAAUUAGACCUCCUACUGAAAACCCUUCCCAUCUAA